CACAUGUGCUGCUGAUCUGACUGGCUGCGGCUUCUAAUACACAUUGUGAGAUGCUCACAGGGAGGAGCCGGUACACCUGUGCAAUAAUGAAGGGGAGGAGCCUGUACACAUGUGCAAGACUGAAGGGGAGGAGCCAGUACACCUGUGCAAGACUGAAUGGGAGGAGCCAGUACACCUGUGCAAUACUGAAUGGGAGGAGCCGGUACACCUGUGCAAGACUGAAGGGGAGGUGCUGGUACACCUGUGCAAGACUGAAGAGGAGGAGCCAGUACACCGGUGCAAGACUGAAGGGGAGGAGCUGGUACACCUGUGCAAGACUGAAGAGGAGGAGCCAGUACACCUGUGAAAGACUGAAGGGGAGGAGCCAGUACACCUGUGCAAGACUGAAGGGGAGGAGCCGGUACACCUGUGAAAGACUGAAGGGGAGGAGCCAGUACACCUGUGCAAGACUGAAUGGGAGGAGCCGGUACACCUGUGCAAGACUGAAGGGGAGGUGCUGGUACACCUGUGCAAGACUGAAGAGGGAGGAGCCAGUACACCGGUGCAAGACUGAAGGGGAGGAGCUGGUACACCUGUGCAAGACU